CCCAAGUCGCAAGCUUUCAAUUCAAAGAACCCAACCCACCCACCUCUUCCUCCCUCUCCAGGAGCAGCCGCAGCCGCAGCCGGCGCGGAAUUCCGGUUCUUGGGUGCUCGCUCGCGGCCAUGGCGGCGGCUCUUGCGGUGGUGACGGCGGCGGUGGUUGGCUGCGUUCUUGGUUUUGGUGGUGGUGGCGGUGGUGUGUGGGGGUUCCCGGAGGAGGAUUUGGUGACGCGGCUGCCGGGGCAGCCCAUUGUCGGGUUCAGGCAGUUCGCCGGGUACGUCGACGUCGACGAGAAGGCCGGGAGGAGCCUCUUCUACUACUUUGCCGAGGCGGCGGAGGACGCCGCCGGCAAGCCCCUCACGCUCUGGCUCAAUGGAGGUCCUGGAUGUUCUUCGGUUGGAGGUGGCGCUUUCACAGAGCUCGGCCCGUUUUAUCCGAGAGGAGAUGGUAGAGGUCUGAGAUUGAACAAGAAGUCAUGGAACAAAGUCUCCAAUCUUUUGUUUGUUGAAUCACCUGCUGGAGUUGGGUGGUCCUACUCCAACACUUCAUCAGAUUACAACACUGGUGACCAGAGGACUGCUAAUGACAUGUACAAAUUUCUGUUGGGAUGGUACAAGAAGUUUCCUGAAUACAGUUCAAGAGGGCUACUUCUUAGUGGGGAGAGCUAUGCAGGGCAUUAUAUACCGCAACUCACUGAUGUACUUCUUAAACAUAAUGAGAAAUCAAAAGGGUUCAAAUUCAACAUCAAGGGAGUGGCUAUUGGGAAUCCGCUUCUCAAGCUCGACAGAGAUGUCCCUGCAACAUACGAGUACUUCUGGUCCCAUGGGAUGAUUUCUGACGAAAUAUUUCUGGCGAUCAGCAACAGGUGUGACUUUGAGGAUUAUACCUUCAGUAACCCUCACAAUGAGAGCAAGUCAUGCAACGAUGCCAUUGCAGAGGCAAACAGUAUAGUUGGGGAUUAUGUAAACAACUACGAUGUUAUUCUUGAUGUGUGCUACCCAUCACUUGUGAUGCAGGAGCUACGGUUGCGGAAAUAUGUGACUAAAAUCAGUGUAGGUGUGGAUGUUUGUAUGACUUAUGAAAGGUAUUUCUAUUUCAACCUUCCUGACGUGCAGCGAGCUCUUCAUGCUAACAGAACACAUCUGCCGUAUGGCUGGAGCAUGUGCAGUGAUGUGCUGAACUACAGCAAUAAGGAUGGCAACAUCAACAUCUUGCCUUUACUCCAGAGAAUUGUGGAGCACAAAAUACCAGUUUGGAUAUUCAGUGGAGAUCAAGACUCUGUGGUGCCCCUCUUGGGUUCCCGAACUCUUGUGCGAGAAUUGGCUCAUACCAUGGGGUUGCAAGUCACAGUUCCAUACAGUAGCUGGUUCCGGAGAGGCCAGGUUGGAGGCUGGGUAACAGAGUAUGGUAACAUGCUGACCUUCGCAACUGUCCGGGGGGCAUCUCACAUGGUGCCAUUUGCGCAGCCAGACCGAGCUCUCGGACUUUUCCAAUCAUUUGCACUUGGACGGAGACUCCCGAAUACAACCAAUGUGCCGAUUAACUAAGUGUACCUAGAAUGAAACUGAAGAUACAAACAAAUAGCCUAGGAUUUUCAGUUUUGCUACAGCAGAUUGGUUCAUAAGAGUGUGUAUUAGGUGGUCAAUACGAAUCUUUUAUCUUUUAGAGAGAGCAGAGAAAUAAUAGAGUAAAUUCUUUAUUGUUCUCUAUCGGGAUUAUCAGAUUGCGUUCCUGGAAAUCUGGAACAUAGAGCAAUCUGUACAAGUAACUAUGCCACUGAAGGGGGUUUGGGGCUCACUGCAAUUUGCAACUGUACCUAUCUAUAUCUGAAGAAGUUCAUUAAUGCAAACUCACUGGCUAAAUUU